AUGAGUACAAAUACAAAGGUAUACCUAAGGAGAUCAGCUUCAGAACCAGAGCCUGCAACAAAUGAUGUGGAGAAGGAAAAGAUGGAGGUUGCUUCAGAGCUGGGCAGCCCAACUUUGAAUGAUGAGAACACAGGAUUUUUUGAAAGAGGUUUUAAAACAAUGCUAAGCAUUCGGAAAUCAAAACGAAAGAACGAGAAAGAACAGGAAGGCACUGGCACCUGGAGGAGAAGACUACUUUCUUUUCAAUUCCCCAAGAACUCUGAAGAGAACAGGAUCGAAAUCCUUGAUGGUUUGGAAGAGAUUGUUGAUAAAACAGAAACAGAGCCCACUGAAGGAAAACCUCUUUCAGUAAUGGAAAUCAAUGAACUUAUUCAGAAAAAGCAACUUCUGGAAGCAUUUGCAAGCAUCAAGUACAUGGAAGAUGAGACGAUAGCAGAACGGGACGCAGACAAAUACAAGGAUAACCCCCAGGAAUUUUUCAGGAAAACCAAGGAUGUGAAUUUACUUUACAGCUCUAUCACGAGCAUGAUCCAGUCCAUUGUGGUGGGAACACUGGAGCACCACACAGUGGAGGAGUCCACACUUACCUCUGUGGUGACAUUAAUUGCCCGUGAAGAGGCAGCUCAUCCUAAUACAGGCAAUGCUGCUGAUCUUGGGGCAGACUUGCUUGGAGCACCCAGAAAGUGGAGGGAGGAGUGGAGGGAAGCUGUUAAUGAGGGCACUAGAAAGAGAGUUCUGAGCAUACCCAUGGCAUCAAAGGAAGAAGAGAAAGCCUGGCUUGAUCUCCACUUAAGUUUUCUCCAGAAAUACCUGCUCGAAGACUUACUGAAAAUCAAGUCAUCAGUAAAAAAGUGCUACCCAGAGGAGUACCGGGUGUGUGAAGUGUACGUGGAGGCUUUUCACAAUGCCAUCGCCUCACACUUGCAAGAUCUCUCCCAGAGACCACUGGAGUUCAAUGAGCUCUACUCCUUGCUUGACUGGGUGGCCAACACAUACCACAGUGAACUCUUUCUUGGACACGCUGAUCUCAAACCAGAAGUUCAGACAAAAAAUCUGUCCCUGCUGCUAACAACAGCGGACUGGGAUAGACUGAAUGAUGAUUACAUCACUUCUGUAAAGGGUAAAAUCAAGAGCUAUUUUGGAAACAUCCUGACGCUGGAAGUGACGGAACGGUGGGAGAAGGAAGUUCCCCCAGAAGUGAAGGAUAACCUGUACCAGUCCUCGCUUUCCUUUGACAUUCAGACGAUCAUCGGAGAGCACAUGAAAUUAUCUGAAGCCAUCAGUAAAAAGCUGAAAACAAAAACUCUUGAGCUGUGCAUGGCUGAGCUGCGUGAAUUCAUACCAAGGUUCGGGGAGGAGUUCCUGGAGUGGAAUGCAGUCCAUGACAGCCCCAUGUUUGCACCCUACUUUGCUGCCUACAUCAACAGCUUCCAUGACCUCUUGUCAGGCUUAGAAAAAGUGUUUAAAGUCAACACUGAAGAACUGCAAAAGAUUUUGGCAGCUCUGACAAAGAACUUCAGAAAUGUGUUUUUAAAUAAAUUAAGAACAAAAACACAGCCACUCCUCAAGAAAAUCCUAACCAAGGACUGGAUUUUGGCAAGAGAGAAGCCAAAUUCACUGGCAGUAGCAGUCUCGCAGUUCUCAGAGCAUCUGCAGCACACAAGGCAGCCCCUGGGACAGGAACUUCUAUGCCAUGUUCAUAAGUAUGUGGUAAGGGAGUAUAUUGCGCAGAUCAUCAAACCCAAGAAGAAAAUGAAUGGAGAGAAACGGCAGCAAGCGAAAGAAAAGAUAAACCUGGAAGCCAAAAUCCUUAAUAAUGCUCUCAUUGAUCAUGGCUCUGACUCCAGCUGGCUCCUUCCUGCUAUAAGUCAUAUCGCCAAUAUCAUUGGGGAGAAGAGAAAAGACAGGAUCAAGGAGUACGUCAAGGAACUGACUGAGGAUUACCCAGACAUCAGGAAGGAGCACAUCAUGGCCAUCCUCACAGUCCGGGGCCUGGGUUUCACCAGCAGAAGGAUGAUUUUUCAGCAAGGCUUUCAUCGUGCACUGGAGAGUUCUGACAGCGAGGAUGGCAACACGCUCUUUGCUGAAAUCGAUGUGCCGGCAACCAUCAACUGCUUCUAAAACACAACCAGCACAGAAGCCAGCAGCCUCCCUCCUCCUACACUGCCUCUACAGCAUCAUCAAAAUGCUGCCACCUCUCCUCAACAAACACAUUUAACUGCUGUGGGAAAAGGGACCUGGGGAUGCAGAAACUGAAGGCAACAUACACACCAAGCACCUGACCUGCAAGUGCCCCUCGACAGCAGCACCCUCCCCAUGAUCAACAUAUGGGUUUCACUGCUGGGAGGCAUGUUUGAUCCAAGGCUGAGUCUCUCUUCAGUAAAGAGAACCAAAAGGAGUUUAUGCAGGUCUAUAUUAAGGCUUGGACUGUGUGGUGUAUAAUUACACAGCAGAAGAGCAACAACCUCCUUCAAAAUUAGUGUCCCUGAGCAACCCCAGAGCAGAGCUUGGGCAGUGAUGAGGAGCUGCCCAAACCUUGUUUUCUCCCUAGUGAACCAGCUGAGUGAGCUGACAUGGUACAAGGUCAGUGACAUUGUGCUCUGAUGCCAUACACCUGACUGAGAGAGGCAGCCUGGGAGGGUAACCAAACCUUCUCUUCAGACACACAGCGCACAGACUACUGCCCUCCAGGACGGGCCCCACAGCCUUUGUCCCUCUGGUGUUUCUGCAGAUUCUCCUCACUUGCUUGCCUUGCAAAACUCACAUUGGACCCAAAGCCUGUUAAUUCCUUUACAACCUCCAAGUGUAGGCAGAUGUGCCCUGAUUGGAUGUGCCCUGAUUGGAUGUGCCAUGAAGCAAGUCUGCAAGUCCUCAUGACCCAGGGGAGAAGAGCCACACUUUUGCAUGUUCAGAUGUAUUUUAAGCUGGUACAGUCUGAUUGCUAUAUGAAACUUUAUGUGAGGUAGACAGGCAUGGGAUGGGAUCCUCCUCUAGCAUCUAGCAUCAGCAUCACCCCAUUGGCUGCUUUACCUCUGUGAAGGACCUGAAGUGUAUACACAGCAUCUGCAGGACAGGCUGAAAGAAACAUUCAGUAACCUACAACUGUACUAAUCUGAUUUUACUUAAUCCAAUUUAUCCUGUAGGUCAUCUCCUGUGGGAAUUAAUCCAAGACUGUGCAGAGACAUGUUUAUGAUCUACCAAUUAAUGUGAUAAAUGUGGACAAGGCAUAGCCCUGUACAUCAGUUUGUCUGCAGCUUAGAUCAGUGCUGAGCCUCUUGCUUUUCCCUUGCUUCUGUUUUCACCUGUAUAAUUCAGCCUAUGGGAGUAGCUGGUGAUAAACCAAGGGGGUGCUCUGAUGAUAGGAGAUUCAGUGUUCCCUUUAUCUGCAAUCAGCACAUGAAAAAAUUCUAAGGCAGACUUGCUAACUCAAGGGAGGGUCUGGGCAGAAGGAUGCUAUGCUUUCUGAAUUAAGCUGCUGCUAUUCAGCCCUGUUCUGUGAGCCAUCCCCUUUUCAUUAGGACCAUAUUUUGCAUUCCAAUAAAACAGAAGAAAAGUCUCCUAGGGCUUUUAUUGUGAAACACGUUGCUCUCAUAGAAAGUGCCAAGAGCUCAGUUCAACCCUGUUAACUUCCUCUGCCUGCUGCAGCCUGUGCUUUUCACCACGAGCCUUCUUCCUACCCCAAAGCUGCAUUCUCAGCCAUGGCAGAUGCAGUUCACUCCCACCCUGGCUAUGCUCAAGGUGCAUAAGGCUUCCUUAGAAGUAUCAAAGUAGACAGAAUAGACAAGCUCUGGCCAAGUUUAGCUUUGGGGGGAGAUCUAGCAUAUUUCAUAGUGCCGCGUGGGCGGCGACAGAUAUUUUUGUUUUGGAGCUCUUUGCUGUUUUGCAAUUCUGUUUGCUUCUGGUUUGACUGAAAGUAAUGCUUUUAGUCUUCUGUGUUCCAGACACCAGAACUGGCAGCCAGAGUGACCCAUGGGCUGCGGCUUGUCAUCCAAGACAGGCUUUGGGGUGCUCAAGUUGUCCUCAUCCAUGGACAAGGCCCCACACUCAACCAGACUCAGGUAGGCUGGGAAAAGGCAGCUCCAAGCAAGUAAGGAGGGGAUAAACCAAGACAACACAGCAAAAGCACAGGAGGCUCCAAGCUGGAGGUCUGAACAAAUUCCCUGCCACAUUCCAGACACCAUUUAGUGCAGCAGCAUUCCAGUACUGAGCUCCCUACAGAGUGGUGCUUUUCAGCAGAGCUCUCCGUUGGGUUAAUGUAAUAAGGAUAUGGACUGAGAGGAGGAUUCCAGAAUCACAUCCAUACUGUGUGCUGGGAAAUAUGACCUAACACCACCCAGCAAACGUGAACGGGAAGAAAACAUUAUUAUCUCAGGGGUGGGUAAAAAGUAAAGCUGUAUUUGUUUGUGGUUUAACAUUAAAAAUCGUAGCACAGUUCUCCACAGUUCUCAGUAAACAUUUAUCUUGUGUAUUUUGCAAAUUUCUCCAGGAAAUCUUGUCACAGUGGGAUUCACAGCCACAGAGCUGGUCACAUGGGUUCCCUGCGUGCUGGUGUGCUCACACAGCAAGCAUGGGCA